AGAGGGGGUGAGCUAGAUAAUCACAAUUUUCACCAUGUUGUUCGAAGAGCCAUAGUAUGACUCUGAUAUUUCUCCGCGACUGACUACUUUCCCAGAGUGGGUUGGAUUGUUGAUUGGCUUACUGGCGUUCAUGGAAGGUUGGAAAAGAGCUUUUUUGAGUUGGAUGCCUUUUUCCAACAUGUAAUUGAUGACCGCAUCAACUUCCAGGCCACUUCUCAGAAAGAAGACAAUAUUAUCGAUGUUCUGUUGAAAUCAGAAAAAGAUGGAUUGCGACUCAGUAGAGAUUGCAUCAAGGCACUUACAAUGAAUAUAUUUCUAGGUGGAGUUGACACAGGAGCAGGGGUCAUUGUUUGGGCCAUGGCAGAGCUGAUUAGGAAUCCAAGGGUGAUGAAAAAGCUACAAUGUGAAAUCAGAAACUGCAUCAAACAAGAUAGGGUGAAGGAGAGUCAACUCGAGAAGCUUGAAUAUCUAAAAAUGGUUGUGAAAGAGGUUCUGAGGUUGCAUCCUCCCAUCCCGCUUCUUCCCAGAGAAACCAUGUCUCAUUUCAAGCUCAACGGUUACGACAUUGAUCCCAAAUGUCAUCUCUACGUCAACGUUUGGGCGAUUGGGAGAGACGUGAAUUACUGGAGUAACCCAGAAGAAUUCUUGCGGGAGAGAUUCAUAGGAAAUGAUAUCAAUUACAUAGGACAACAUUUUGAGUUAUUACCAUUUGGAGCUGGUCGGAGAAGAUGUCCGGGAAUGAAUAUGGGGAUCCUCGCAGUGGAGCUCACACUAGCUAAUCUGUUGCUUUGUUUCGAUUGUUGGACAUGGAAGAGAAUGGUGACCACCCCCAAGAGAUCACCUCUCAAACUUAUUCCAAUUCGCCACUUAAGAGUGUAG